GGCAUCAUGAAGUGGCUUUGCUUUUUUGUCCUGUGCGGAGUCGUUUUUGCCAGGAAUCCUGAAGAGAAUGACGAUCUUUAUGAAGGGGACAUGAUACUAACAGCUGAUCAGCGUAUGGCGGCCAACAGGGGACUGGAUGUGGAUAAUCCAAUGGGGAGAGGUGCAACUAAAGGCAGACAGUGGCCGGGAGGGGUUAUGGCUUAUGUCAUCGACUCCAGUUUAUCUAGCGAUUCCAGAGCCAUGGACGCCAUCCGACAAGGAAUGGAGGAAUGGACAAGUAAAACAUGUAUUCGAUUCAAGGGGAGAACAAAUGAACGAGCUUUUGCCCACUUCAGAAUUGGCUCUGGGUGCUCCUCGUAUGUGGGCAAAACAGGUAGUCGUCAAUAUAUCAACCUUGGCAGCGGAUGUUGGACCAGGGGAAUUGUAGCUCACGAAAUUGGGCAUGCCUUGGGCUUCUAUCACGAACAGUCUCGUCCUGACAGAGAUGAGUACGUCACAAUUAUGUGGGACAACCUUUUCGAGGGAAACAAAUUUAAUUUCAACAAAUACAAUCGAGGAACUAUUGACAGCCUGGGAACCCCGUAUGACUAUGGAAGUGUGAUGCAUUAUGGGGGCAGAGCUUUCAGCAAGAACGGAAGACCAACUAUCGUUGCCAAGAAAUCCGGGGUAACAUUUGGUCAGCGAAAAGGCAUUAGUCCAGUAGACGCGCGGCAGAUGAAUCUCCUGUACAAGAGCCAAUGUGAGGGAGGAGGAGGAGGAGGAGGAGGAGGUGGUGGUGGCGGUGGAGGAGGUUUGUAA